GGAGCGUCACCACCACCGCCAUGGCGCGUCCGCGCCAACCCUGGCAGCCCACGCGCAACGCCGCAAGCUGCGAGACGCGGCGCUUGCUGCGGCCCGUGGCGGGGCUGAAGGAGGGUGUACAGCUGCCAAAAGGAGUGGAGGAGGAACUUCGUGAAAGCAUCGACAGGAAGAAAGUCGUCGCUCGGUCCACUGCAAAGGAACUUCGGUCCCAGCAUGCCACCGCGCUGGCCACCAGCACCACCCAACAGGCCGCCGCGCAGCCGGCGGCACGGCGGCCGGCGUCGGCCGUCUUAAGUCAGAGCAAGGACGUUCUCAUCCCUUUGAGGAGCCCCAAAGAUUGGGAUCCGCAAGCAUCGGAAUCACCCAGCUUUAGCCGCAGCCGCCGCCUGGGGCAGCUGUCGCAUCGCCUAGAGCUUUGUUUGGGCCUAAAGGAGGCUGCCGCCAAAGCCAGCUGUGAGCCUGAAAAAGAUACCUGCGUCCAUGUUGGCUUCAUGAGCGCAACCUUCUCAGAUCGAUGCAUGUUUGAUCGCCGAUGUACACCUCCGAAGCUGUUUAGACCCAGCUCCCAACCAGCGGCGCGAUGGCGCGCCAAGUGCGGCAACGCCGCUGCUUGGGCGCGGCAGCGGCACUUCUGGCCGCCCAUGGAUCAGGGUAGCUUGGAUAACUUGGAUGCCAGGGCGGUCAAUCCUGCCCAUCGCCGCCUCCCUGGUAGCCACUUGACGCGAUGGGCGGAAGCCGAGACCGACCUGGUGGUGCCAAUGACGGAGGCACCGAUUUUCCUGACCCCAGUGGACGUGGUCACAGGUGAAUGCGAUGUGUCAUCGCUUCCUGAGGAGAUGGGCGUGUACGCGGUGUACGACACCAGCGAACGGUUGCAAUAUAUCGGGCUCUCCAGGAACAUCCAAAAGAGCGUGGAAACGCAUGGCAAAGCCAUCGGCAUCCAGGAGGUGGGAGAUCUGGUGGGCUCUGUGAAGUGCGUAGAGAUGCCCGAGGGCAGCAAGGAGGAGCUGAAGAGUGUUUGGGAGUUUUGGCUCAAGGAACAUUUGGGCAACGGCGGGGAGAUUCCCGUGGGGAACCUCCCGGAGAACGCGCCGGGCGCGGACCCGCGCUGGAGAAGUCGAGGGGCGCAGGCAAAGCCGUCUUUAAAUCUGGGCGGCGUCGCAGGCAUUGCUUCCCAAGCUGAAGCCCUGGAUGCGGUGAGGCAGGCUGUCGAGGAAAAUCCCGUAGUCUUGUUUAUGAAAGGCACUCCAGCAAUGCCACAGUGCGGCUUCAGCGCCCGCACCUCCGGCUUGCUGCGAGAGAUAGGGGUUCCAUUUGAGACUGUGAACGUCUUAGAUGAGAACAACAACCCUGGAGUCAGAGAGGCAGUGAAGGAAUUUGGCCAAUGGCCCACGAUUCCACAGCUCUACGUCUCUGGGCAACUGGUUGGAGGUGCUGACAUUGUCAUGGAGAUGUACCAGAAGGGAGAGUUGGAGCAGAUGCUGGUCAUGGCCAACGAGGGUGCUGGUGCCUCUGGCGAGCAGCCGGAGCAGAACGCUGCAGGCGAUGUUCCCCAGUACGCCACAGGCAAUGUCCAACUAAUCGAUGAUCCAAACAGGCCCACGGCCACGGAGCUCUGCAAGGCGUUGAAGAAAAACCUGGCGCUGGUGGAUCUGAAGGUGGUGGAUGAUUCAGCGGCGCAUGAAGGCGACGCCGGCGCUCUGGAGAUGGGUUUGACCAGCGAGUCACACUUUAGCGUGAGUAUCGUCUCCCCGGAUUUCGCCACUUUGUCUCGCGUGCAGAGACAACAGAAAGUCUACGAAGCGCUUUCCGGCGUAAUGCCUCGAAUCCACGCCUUGUCCUUGGUGACCCAGACACCUGAAGAAGUCAAUGCAGAUGACGACGGGCAAUGA